CAAUAUUUAGAGGUUAUGUGGUAAAGUUCUAUUUUUAUAAAAAAUAACAAAUCUUUAUAAUUAUGGCCAGAUAUAUAGCACAACUAAUUAUUGCAGGUUCACAAGUUAUAGGCAGAGCUUUUGCAAGGGCCAUUAAACAAGAAAUAGAAGCUUCUCAGCAAGCUGCUCAAAGGUUAGGAAAUGCUAAAACUAGAACUGAAAGGGUAGCAAAUCAAAAACUAGGAUUAUCUCUUGAUGAAGCUAAACAAAUAUUGAAUAUAAGGAACUUAACGAAGGAAGAAAUAGAAGAGAAAUAUCAAAGUUUAUUUAAAGCAAAUGAAAAAACUUCUUUAUACCUCCAAUCUAAAAUUGUUAGGGCCAAGGAAAGAUUAGACCACGAAUUAACCUCUUCUGAAGAGCCAAGUGAAAAGAAACGACCGGAAGAAACUGAUUCGAAAACAUAAAAUUAGUAAUAAUUUUAAUCUAGGUUGAAUUUAUUGUUUAGUUUUGUUGUACAUAUAUUUACGAAGUAAAAGUUAAAGAAUG